UCGGAGAGUGCAUUCCUCAUCCACUCAGCUGUUGUCACCGCGCGGGCAGCCGCUGAAAAUGAAACACCCACCUAUCGCCGCCGGCACCACCUGCUCGCCGUCUCAUCCCGCCGCUGCCGUCUCCGCGCACCCCUUCCCUCCGACGAGCCACAAGCCUCAGCGCGCCCGCAUCCGCCUGGCCGCCGCGGCGGCCACCUCCAGGUGGGUCAAGCCGCGCGCACCUGCGCUCCCGCCCCGGCGCGGCGCGGGCGGGGGAGGGGGCGGAGGCGGGGCUAACCAGCGGCUGCACCACCUUGUCCGCCUCGGGGACCUCGACGCCGCGCUCCUCCUCGUGGAGUCCAUGCGGGACCCCGACCGCCCCGCCGUGGUCCCCUGCACCCUCCUCAUCAAGAAGCUCUGCGCCGCGGGCCGCCUCGACGACGCCGAGCGCGUGCUCGGGGCGUCCGAGCGCGCGGGCACCGCCGACGCUGUCGCGCGCUACACCCUCGUCGCGGGGUACUGCCGCGCUGGGGGCCGUCUCGCCGACGCGGAGCGGAUGCUGUCCUCCCUCGCGGCGUCCGGCGCCGCCGACGUCGUCACCUACAACACGCUCGUCGCGGGUUACUGCCGCGAGGGCCGCCUCGGCGACGCGCGGCGCCUCGUCGCCGGCAUGCCGCUCGCCCCUAACUCGUACACCAACAGCACCCUGCUCAAGGGCCUGUGCAGCGCCAAGGAGUGGGACGACGCCGAGGAGCUCGUCGCGGAGAUGAUCCGGAGCGGGUGCCCCCCAAACGAUCUCACGUUUGGUAUGAUGAUCCACUCCUUAUGCCAGAACGGAUUGGUCGACCGUGCAAUGGGAAUUCUUGAUCAGAUGUCCAAGUGCGGGUGCAUGCGGGGUGUGAUUGUUUACAAUGAAAUCAUCAGUUGCCUUGCGGAGCUGGGGCGCGUGGAGGAGGCUCUUGAUUUAUUCAACAGCAUGCCGUGCAAGCCAGACAUCUUUAGUUACAACGCUGCGAUAAAGGGUUUGUGCAGAGGUGAGCAUUGGGAGGAUGCUGGAAAGCUUAUUACUGAGAUGGUUAGGAAGGAUUGCCCCCCAGACGAAGUGACAUUCGACACAGUGAUCAGUUUUUGAGAAAAUGUCAAAGUACAAUUGUAUGCCAAAUGUUAUCAUCUAUAGCACCCUUAUCAAUGGCCUUUCUGAACAAGACUGUGUAGAUGAUGCUUUGAAGUUACUAAACAACAUGCCAUGCAAGGCUGACACCAUUUGUUAUAGUUCUGCAUUGAAGGGCUUGUGUAGGGCUGAGCGAUGGGAGGAUGUAGGAGAACUUAUACUUGAGAUGAUUCGAAGGAACUGCCCCACAGAUGAAGUCACGUUCAGUAUACUGAUCAAUAACUUGUGUCACAAAGGGUUUGUCGAGUAUGGACCUGAAAUUUCAGAGUUAAUGCAUAAGUAUAAAUGCACGCCUAAUAUUGUCAUUUACAGUUCUCUCAUCAAUGGAUUCUCUGAACAAAACCGUGUGGAAGAAGCUCUCAAGUUACUAAGAAGCAUGCCAUGUGAGCCUGACACUAUUUGCUAUAGCGCUGCACUGAAGGGUUUGUGUAGAGCAAAGCGAUGGGAGGAUGCCAGGGAGCUUAUAGCUGAGAUGUUUAGAAAGCAAUGCCCACCAGAUGAAGCAACAUUGAGUAUGCUCAUUGGUUCAUUGUACCAGAAUGGGCUGGUUGACCUAGCAACUGAAAUUUUUGAGCAAACAUCAGAGUAUGGAUGUAGCACUAAUAGCACGAUAUGCAAUUCCCUUGUUAACAGCUAUUCUGAGCAAGGACGUGUGGAUGAAGCUCUCAAAGUAUCGAGCAGUAUGGCAUGAAAGCCACCAAUCUCUGUUUGUUGUACUGCAUUGAAGAACUUUGAGUUUUUUUUUUUUUUUUUGCGACGGAAGAACUUUGAGUUGUGAGGAUGCUAAGGAGCUAAAAUGAUUAGGCUGAAGAUGAUCCCGGAUGAUAGGAUGAAUUGACAUCUACUACUUAUGAAUUACUUGUGCCAGAAGACAGCUUGGUUGGACUCUUGAGUAAUGCGAUGGAUGAUGCCAUCUGCUCAUCAUCAGCUUUUUUGGAGAUAAGCUGCAUGAAUGUUUUUUUUUUGGGGAAUGGAAAUAUAACAGGUGAUUGAGAUGGGUGCUUCUGGUAAU